AUGGCUGACAACAAUCCUGCCUUCGUGCUCCAGUCCAUCAAGAGCACAUCAUUCGAGCAGCGCGAGAUCCCGAAGCUCAGGGAUGAACAUCACGUAAGAGUGCAUAUCGAGCAGACUGGCAUCUGUGGAAGUGAUGUUCACUACUGGCAAAGGGGGCGCAUUGGGGACUUCAUCCUCAACAGUCCCAUCGUCCUGGGUCACGAGAGCGCAGGAACCGUGGUUGAAGUCGGCAGCAAGGUCAAGAAUGUCAAGGUUGGCGACCGCGUGGCCAUCGAGCCAGGUGUGCCCUGUAGACACUGCGAUUUCUGCCGCUCCGGGGCGUAUAACCUGUGCGAAGACACCAUCUUUGCAGCCACACCACCGUGGGAUGGCACUCUCCAGAAGUACUACGUGGUCGCUAGCGACUACUGCUAUCCGAUCCCUUCACACAUGAGUGCGGAGGACGGAGCGCUCGUUGAGCCGGUAGCUGUAGCCGUCCAGAUCGCCACGGUCGCCGACCUGCGGGCCGGACAGACGGUGCUGGUCUUUGGAUGCGGUCCCAUCGGGGCACUGUGUCAGGCUGUCGCCAAAGCUUACGGGGCGAAGAAAGUCAUCGGCGUGGAUAUCUCGCAAGCUCGCGCCACGUUCGCCAAAUCAUUUGCUGCGGAUGACGUGUACGUCGUAGAACCUUCAGCAACCUCCGGAGGCGACCCGAUGGACGCAUCUCGUGCCAUGGCCGAGAAAAUAGUGGCAAAGUACGGCCUUGAGGGCGGUGCGGAUAUCGUGCUGGAAUGUACUGGUGCCGAGCCGUGUAUCCAGGCUGGAGUGUUCGCGGCAAAGAAGGGAGGCAUGUUCGUGCAGGCGGGUAUGGGCAAAGAGAACGUCGUCUUCCCGAUCACCACGGCCUGCAUCAGAGCCCUGACAAUCAAAGGAUCCAUCCGGUACACGACUGGUUGCUAUCCCAAAGCCGUCGACCUGGUCGCCUCUGGCAAGAUCAACCCCGGGGCUCUGAUCACCCACCGUUUCAAGUUUGAGCAGGCACUGGAGGCUUUUGAGCUCGUCAAGAAGGGCGCGGAAGAUACACUGAAAGUCGUCAUUCAAGGUGUACAAUAG